AGUACGGACACUUUAAACACGAAUGUAGUAACCGGAACAUAAAUUUUCGCGUGAAGUGGCUGUUUCGAGGAUUUUUAGUUCGACGUGUGUAUGUGCCAACGUAGGUAAGGAAAGCCCAUUUUCAAAUAAAAUAGUGACGUCGGCGAUCGAAGCUUGCCGAACUGGUACGAACUUCCACAGCGCAAUACGAAAAUCGAGGAAGGCGCGAGUCCACUUCCAUCAAAGUCAAAUUGACUGCCAGUUUGAGCGCUCAGUUUUGAAAAUAGCUUAAAUUUCGAAUCCGCGAUAAAAUGGUACGAAGCACGGCUAUAGGAAUUGAUUUGGGGACAACCUACUCAUGCGUGGGAGUAUGGCAACAAGGAAAAGUCGAAAUUAUCGCUAACGAUCAAGGUAAUCGAACCACCCCCAGUUAUAUAGCGUUCACAGACACGGAGCGUCUGAUAGGAGACGCAGCCAAAAAUCAGGUGGCGAUGAACCCCAACAAUACCGUUUUUGAUGCCAAGAGACUCAUCGGCAGAAAAUAUAACGAUCCAAAGAUCCAACAGGAUAUGAAACUAUGGCCGUUUAAAGUGGUGAACGAUUGCGGCAAGCCCAAGGUGCAAGUGGAAUUUAAAGGCGAAAUGAAGACAUUUUCUCCGGAAGAAAUUAGUUCCAUGGUGCUAACGAAAAUGAAAGAAACUGCUGAAGCGUAUCUCGGCGGAAGUAUAUCCGACGCUGUCAUUACUGUUCCUGCUUAUUUCAAUGAUUCCCAGAGACAGGCGACAAAAGAUGCCGGGACAAUCGCAGGCAUAAACGUGCUUCGCAUCAUUAAUGAACCAACGGCAGCUGCUCUUGCUUACGGACUGGACAAGAACCUCCGCGGUGAAAGAAACGUCUUGAUUUUUGACUUGGGAGGCGGUACAUUCGACGUUUCCAUACUUACCAUAGACGAAGGUUCGUUGUUCGAAGUGAAGGCGACCGCAGGCGAUACCCACUUGGGCGGCGAAGAUUUCGACAAUCGUUUGGUCGACUUCUUCGCUGACGAAUUCAAGAGGAAACACAAGAAAGACAUUACCAAAAACCCUAGAGCUUUGCGGAGGCUCCGGACCGCAGCAGAAAGAGCGAAGAGGACGUUGAGUUCCAGUACUGAAGCGACUCUCGAAAUAGACGCAUUGUUCGAAGGCAUCGACUUUUACUCGAAGAUAUCAAGAGCGAGGUUCGAAGAGCUUAAUUCGGAUUUGUUUCGAAGUACCCUGGCGCCUGUAGAAAAGGCACUGAACGACGCUGGUACUGACAAAAACAAGAUCGACGACGUCGUGCUGGUCGGUGGUUCCACCCGUAUACCGAAAAUCCAAUCGUUAUUGCAGAAUUAUUUCAACGGGAAAAGUCUAAAUUUGAGUAUUAAUCCGGACGAGGCCGUGGCUUAUGGGGCUGCUGUCCAGGCUGCGAUUUUGAGCGGCGAUUCGAGUUCUAAAAUACAGGACGUGUUACUGGUGGAUGUAACUCCACUCUCCCUCGGUAUAGAGACUGCCGGAGGAGUCAUGUCGAAGAUCGUCGAGCGAAAUUCUCGAAUACCCUGCAAACAAACCCAAACUUUUACGACGUAUUCGGACAAUCAGCCCGCGGUAACUAUUCAGGUUUUUGAGGGAGAACGUGCCAUGACCAAGGACAAUAACCUGCUCGGGAAUUUCGAUUUGAGCGGCAUCCCACCGGCGCCGCGCGGCGUUCCCAAAAUCGACGUCACUUUCGAUCUGGACGCCAACGGUAUCUUGAACGUGACGGCCGUCGAGGUCGGCACCGGAAAGUCCAGAGCCAUAACCAUCAAAAACGACAAGGGAAGGUUGUCGCAAAGAGAGAUAGAGCGUAUGCUUGCGGACGCGGAAAAAUACAAAGAGGAGGAUGACCGUCAGCGCGACAGGGUGGCCAGCAGGAAUAAGUUGGAGAGUUACAUUUUUAGCGUGAAGCAAAGCAUCGAGGAAGCGGGUUCGAAACUAACCGAAACGGAGAAGCGAAAAGCUCAAAAAGAAUGCACGAAUUGCAUCAAGUGGUUGGACAAUAACCAGACGGCGGAAAUCGAGGAAUACGAAUACAAACUACGCGAAAUUCAAAACGUUUGCCGCCCCAUAAUGACAAAAUUGCAUAAAGGCGGGAGGCCCGCCGCCGCAGGGGAGGAACAGGACGGCCCCACCAUAGAAGAAGUCGACUAAAAUACAAAUUUAUUCCCCCUGGCGUUUUAUUUUUUCCGUUGUCGCGCAAUUUGCGAAUUGACUUUGUAUAAUUUAAUCAGAAAAUGCCAUUUUCCAGGGAAAAACAAAAUUUGGCAAAAAAAUACUCGUUUUUUUCUGCCAAUUCCAUAUUUGAGAAAUUAUUUUAUGACUUAUGACAGUUUCUAUAUUAAUUAUAAAAUGGCAAUAGAGUUUAGUUUCCUAAUUAUUAUUAUUAUUGUUAUUAUUAAUUAUGAAAAAGGAGUUAUAGAGGGAGAUAAUUUCGAUGAAUGUAUUAAUUUGGUUAACAAGGAAAACGUGUGUAUAGUUUCCCUAAUUAAUGCAUGUUGAAAGAGCACCAGUAAACAAUAUUGGGUACAUUAACAUUAAUUAUUACAUACAUUACCAGGAUAAAUCUAAGUAUCGUCUAAAAAACCAAGUUCCUUCAUUUUCGCCUAAGUUUUCAAUAUUUUGUUUCUCUAGUUUAAUUUUUUUAAAAUUUUUGUAUGGUACGUUAUUGCAAAAGAGCUGAUAGGCUACCAAAAAUAGAUUAUAAGCUCUACUUUAAUAAUGCAAAUUUUUGAAGAAUAACUCUUUCCAACUUAAGUCGGAAAUUUUGAAAAAUGAGUCAGAAUUUCCGGAAAAUCACUCAAAAUUUCUGUCAGGUUUUUUGAAUUUGAAACUUAUUGUCUAUAUAUCUGUCGCGUUAUGGUUGAAGUCUGAUGAACACCUGAAAGAAUGCUUAGUUUUUCACACAAAAAGUACUGUUAUUAGGCAGUGUGCAUUUAAUAAGUUCAAGGUCUGAUUCCUUAAGAAUACUUAAAAGAUGAAGAGGUACCGGUUCCAACAAAACACUAAUAGUUGACAAUUUUAGCAACAGUAGUAAAACAACUUCAAAUCCAUAUUGGAAUUACAUAUUUAAGUGACCAUUAACUCCCGUUUUGUCAUUGACCAUUCUUUAUGAAUCACCUGAAACAUACAUUCUGGAUAUUCAGGUCAUGGAAUGGGAUAAGAUUCUUAAUCCCAUAGACGAGGUACUAAACUGCACGUAAAACGUAUGGGAACUUAGUUAUACAAGGUGUUAUGGAAUUAACUUUAUUAUUAUUAUAUAUCAGGCUGUUGCUGUAUUUAAAAUUUUGGCCACUGUUAAUUGUGGGCAGACUCGAUUUUUUGUACCAAUUCCUUAUUUGAGAAUUUAUUUUAUGACUUAUCGUAAUUACCAGUUAACAAUUCGGUUGGGCAAUAGUGCUUAGUUUCCUACUUCUGUAUAUGUGCUGAUAAGAAAUCCAUAAAUCCAAUUUCUAUGUUAAUUAUGAAAAAGGAGUUAAAGAGGGAGAUAAUUUCGAUGAAUAUAUUAAUUCGGUUGAGGAGGAGGUCGUGUGAGAAAAGUGCAAAAUAUCAUUUCAUUAAAUUAUGUUCGUGUAUUGUAGAGGUACAGUAGAGUCUCAGUUAUUAAUGCGGGUUCAAAGAGCAGAGUUUCUUUCGUUUAAUUUUUUUAUAAUUUGUCUAUAAUACAUUAUUUAAUUUAAUUUAAUAAUGCGAAUUUUUGAAGAAUAAGUCUUUCUAAUUUAAGGGUGCAUUAACAUUAACAUUACCAGGAUAAAGAGAAAAUUUCGAGCCCUUUUGCUUAAAUUUUCAAUAUUUUGUUUCCUUCGUUCAAUUUUUUUUAUGAAUUGUCUAAUACAUUACGAAAGCGUUGACGGGCUGCCAAAAAUAGAAUAUAGGUUUUAGUCAGAAUUUCUUUAAAAUAAGUCAGAAUUCAGUUUUUUUGAAUUUGAAACUUGUUUGGACGUUGCUUCUAGAAGGCGCUAGUUUCACUGUAUUAUUUAGAUAAGUCGAAUCAUUUUCUUUUAUCCGUUGCACCGAAACGUGAUGGAAGAACAUUUAGUUUUUUAUAGAAAAAGUACUCUUAUUUAUUAGAAGUUCAAGGUGUCUUAAUUUAACAAAUUUGGCAGUAGUAAUCAAAAACGAAUUCAUAAUUCCAAUAUAUCAUAUUUAAAUGACUAGUUCCUCCAGUUUUAAUAUUGCCUAUUACUUAUGAAUCACCUCGUAUAUCUGAUAUUUCCAUUGGUACUACGUAAAAGUGCAUCUGACUAUUACGAUUGCACUUAUAAUUAAAAGUAUGUGGCUGUAUUCGAUUGAAGAUUUCUAAGACCUUGCUUUGGUAGUGAUUUCAUCUCUACGUAUUUGUAAAAAAUUGAUGCGCGACUCAAACGAUAUAAUUUAGAAUUAGUUUACACUUAACCAAUAUAGAAUUAUCAAUAUGGCGAACCUAAAGUGAUUAUAUAUUUAUUCAUUAACAUUGACGUAUUAUAGAUAAGUAGGAAAUAAAUCUUACUACCGCCCAA